AUGGUCGGUCCUGUAGUUCAGGACGACUUGACGUUGAUUUUGUUACGUUUUAGGCAACAUAAAUACGUUUUGUCUGCAGAUGUGGAGAAAAUGUACAGGUGCAUAAUCGUUCAUCCUGAUGACAGGCACCUUCAGCAGAUAGUCUGGCGUAACAGUCCUAGUGAGCCUAUACAGACCUUUCAAUUAAAUACUGUUACGUACGGUACGGCGAGUGCACCAUUUCUCGCAACACGCUGCCUGAAACAACUUGGUCUACAGUGCAAAAACAAAGCCAUGGCGGACAUCAUAAUGCAUGAUUUUUAUGUCGAUGAUCUGCUUACGGGUGCUGAUGACUUAGAUGACGUAAAGGCCAUACGUAAAGGGGUUGCCGAAGUAUUGGCAUCUACUCGUAUGCCAUUGCGAAAGUGGAGAUCGAACGAUCCCGAGUUGCUGUCAGAAAUUGCCAAUUCAUCACUUGACCUAAAUAUUGCUUCUCGCGAAACAGACAAGUUGUUAGGUCUUGGCUGGCAUUCGGAUUCAGAUGAACUCUGCUUUCCACUGAAUUCACUAGUUCCCGAUGGCAAUACUAAGCGUGAUUUGCUUUCAGUGAUUGCACAAAUCUUUGACCCGCUGGGUCUUUUAGCCCCGUAUGUAAUCACCAUGAAAAUUUUGAUACAAAGGCUUUGGUUAGACAAACUUUCAUGGGAUGAACCACUGUCUCCCGAAAUUAAGAAACGCUGGUAUGGCAUUAUCAAAUCUCUUCCUUUUUAA